UUCAUACUCGCCUGAUCACUGAACGACUGAAAUAAGAAGAUUACAAGCUCAGAUCCUCUGAUUUACAGAGGAAUUAUGCUCAUGUGAAGAGGAAAACGAAAGAUCAGCCUUGACACAGGAUUUAUUUACGUUUUUAGGAUUUAUUAAUUACAAGGACGGAGGUUUCAGAUGGAGGUGAAGUGUUUAACAUUAAAGGAUUUGCUUAGUGUCAGAACACUAGUGAAUAAGACAGGCUCUGAUGAUGCUGCCAGCAUGAAUGACCAUAAAGAAAACAUCUGCAUGGACAGAAGGAAAAUGACCCCACUGAAGAGCGAGACUCUGACAGCUGCUUUGAAUGGACAUAGGAAGAUUUCCAGUCCUGAAAUCACCCACAUAACCCCUAUUAAACUCACUGAGAAGGCCCAUGCGGACCCCUGGACUCCAACAGCAAAUCUGAAAAUGCUGAUCAGUGCCGCCAGUCCAGAUAUACGCGACAGAGAAAUGAAGAAAACCCUCUUCAAACCCAUUGAAAAUAAAGAGAAGAUUGCAGAGGAGGAGGAAGAGGAAGAACUUGACGACUCGUGUCAGUUUGAAGCAUUAGACGAAUCUGAAAGGCGACCCAGUAGAAAACAGAAGAGUUUGGGGCUUUUGUGUCAGAAAUUUCUGGCUUUGUACCCUGAUUACCCAAAAUCCUCUGAAAGCAUCAAUAUCUCACUGGAUGAAGUGGCCACAUGCUUGGGCGUUGAGAGAAGACGUAUCUAUGAUAUUGUGAACGUGCUGGAGUCGCUGAUGCUGGUCAGCAGGAAGGCAAAAAACCUGUACGUGUGGCACGGACGCUCGCGGCUCCCGCAGACUCUACAGGAACUUUUACAGGCCGGUCGAGAUCAACACUACGAUUUACUGAUGGACCAGAGGGAAGGAAACAGCCUGCAUGCUGUCCAACACAUGCAGAAUGCACACGCCGCUUCCAGCAGAAGGAAGGAUAAAUCACUCCGAAUCAUGAGCCAGAAGUUUGUCAUGUUGUUCCUGGUGUCCAAAACCCAAACUGUAACCCUCGAUAUGGCUGCUAAGAUUUUAAUUGAAGAGGGUCAGGAAGAGUCCUACGACAGCAAGUAUAAAACUAAGGUACGGCGUUUGUAUGAUAUCGCUAAUGUCCUGACUAGCCUGAAUCUGAUCAAGAAAAUUCACAUGAGAGAAGAAAAGACGCGUAAACCAGUCUUCAAAUGGAUCGGGCCUGGCGAUUUCCAAAGCAGCAGCGAUUUAGAUGAUUUGAGAGCUCAAAUCAGCAACUCUAGUACUGAACGACGGGAGAAAAUGGCACGUCAUUCCUCCUUUCAGGUCAUUCCUGCUCCGCCUGUCAAUCAAAGACUGAUAAGCUCCGCCCCCAGCACACCUCACAGAUAUUCCACAGAUGAGCCAGUGGAUUACUCCAGGAAAAGCGGGAACAACAGUGCAGUGUGUCGACUGCAGUUUGGAGACAGUGUUCAGCCCAGUGUUAGUCCUGUAGUUCCCUCUGCGCUGGCGUCUCUAGCGAUGCCUCUUCAAGCUGAUCUGAUGCCAGUUCCAGCUUCGUUUUCUCACCCGCUGGCAAUCCUGCCGCAGACGCCCCUGCUCAUGCUGUACAGCGGGAACAUUGCUGAUGGUGCCUCCAGCCUGAGAAAGAGGGAGAGAUCAGAGGAAGAGGACCAUCAGACCGCAAAAUGCAGAAGACGCUCGGCAUCCAUAGAAAGUGACACAGUGGAGAGCGAGAGCUUGAGCUCCAGCACCAGAAGGUCUCCAGUCUGCUCUCCUGAAGGCUCCCCGUGGGACGGGGCCUCAUUUGGGGGUCUGCAUGAAGAUGACGUAGCAGCAUCCAGUUCCAAAGACGCCCUCCUGUCCCCUCAUUACCUCUAUGUGCCAAACACAGCAGGUCUGAAUAGUAUUAACUUCCUCAUGCCAGCAGGGCACACGCAGGGUGGAGUGCCAGCCGUAGCCUUGCCGUAUUUUCUGUUGCAAUCACCACUAAUAGCGGGUGCGAUGCCCACAUCCAGCACUGAUGGGCCCGCCGGCUUCAGUUUGCCCACCGUUCUGUCGCCUGCACAGUUUGUGGUGGCAGGAGGAGCUUAUGGUGUGACUGAAACACUGCAGAGCCCAGAGCAUCAUGGGAACAAAAUACCAGCCACUACAUCAUCACCACGAGCAGAAGAGAGCCCAAAGCCAGCAAAAACACAGACUCCUGUGACACCAAAGGAAGCAUCGCUGGGGGCCAAAUCUUUCUUCGAGACACCUGGAGCUUUUGGGUCUGUCACCAACCAAUCAGCAGCUCGCAAAAGAGGCUCCGCCCAGAGGAGGCUGGACAUCGGGCACAGCACAGCCAAUUAGAUUAGCCGAAGAGUUUUCAGGCUUCUGUGGUGCUAAAGCGCCAAAGACGAAGAGCAGAAACACGACUUGAAUAAUACAAACAUUUCCUGUGUACUAACUAGUGAACAUCAAAGUCAGAGAGUAUAGAUUACUAUUAUAUUUUCUCACCAUUUCCAAUAGUAAGUUUGUUUGUUGGCUGAUUUUGUUGACCAGUUGUAUUUAUUAUAAUCUUUCAAAGGCUAAAAUCAUCAACAAUCCGACUUCAGCACUACAUAUUUAAAAAUGUGAAUAAUUAAGACCUCUGAAAGAAAAAAACUAGCAUCAUCAAAGAUUAAUCUUGAUU